AUGGCCAUUAAAACACUCCCAACCUCAACCGAAAUACUUGUUGUCGGCGGCGGACCCGCCGGAAGUUACGCUGCUGCUGCUUUGGCUCGAGAAGGUUUUGAAGUCACUCUUCUCGAAGCUGCGAACUUCCCUCGAUAUCAUAUUGGCGAGAGCUUGCUCCCGUCGGUCCGCCCAUUCUUGGCAUUCGUUGACGCAGAGGAAUCUGUCAUGAACCACGGGUUCACAAUUAAGCCUGGUGCUGCCGUCAAGUUGAACCAGUUCAAGCGAGAAGGAUAUACAGAUUUCAUUAUGCUGAACUCAAACAAUGGGUCUUGGAACGUGAUUCGAUCAGAAUUCGACGAUUUGCUAUUUCGUCAUGCUUCGAAGUGUGGCGCAGCUGUAUUCGACAACAUAAGAGUCGCCGAAAUUCAGUUCGACGGCAAAAGGCCUGUUUCAGCUGACUGGAGGAAUGCCAGCACCGGGACACAGGGCCGUAUCUCUUUCAGCUACUUAGUCGAUGCUUCAGGAAGGAACGGGAUCAUGUCCACAAAGUAUCUCAAGAACAGGCGCUAUAAUCAAGCCCUCAAUAACAUCGCAUGCUGGGGAUACUGGGACGGAACCGGGUCUUACAUGCCUGGUACCACUCGCCAGAAUGCUAUCUGGGUCGAAGCACUCGAAGACGAGUCGGGAUGGGCUUGGUUCAUCCCUCUUCACGACGGAUCCACAUCUGUGGGAAAUUGUGAUGGUAUUCACGAGUGCAUGCAACCAACUGUGAAAUCUGCGAGCGAUUUUAGCUACUCGGCUUCCUCGUAUGGCGGUGAUCAUUUCCGCCUGGCGGGGGAUUCUGGAGCAUUCAUCGACCCAUUCUUCUCCUCUGGGGUGCAUCUGGCCUUCACAGGAGGACUUUCGGCUGCCCUCACGAUAGCUGCGUCCAUUCGAGGGCUUUGCAGCGAAGAUGAUGCCCAACGCUGGCACACAUCAAAGUUUCUUAUUGUCGUCCUUGGGACCUACAAACAGAUCCGCAAUCAGUCCAUGCCAGUCAUGAGCGAUGUGGACGAGGACAAUUUUGACAGAGCAUUCGAUCUGAUCAGGCCGGGUGAGAAUCGAUGUUUCCUACUGUCACUGCAAAUUUGAUGGUAAGGCGUUAACAGAAGACGAACUCCAGAAAACCAUGGACUUCUGUCGUCAUCUAUUCGCACCCAUGAUCCCGAGAUGCAUUCUGCAGUCAAAGCUAGGCAAGGG